AUGGCGGGGUCGGCGGCGGUGGCGGAGCGGGAACGGGAGCAGGCCCGGGAGCAGGAGCGGGCCAGGGAGCUGGAGCAGGCCCGCGAGCAGGAGCGAGCCCGGGACGAGGCGGCGGGCGCCGAGGAGGCGGUGAAGAUCAUCUGCCUGGGCGACAGCGCCGUGGGCAAGUCCAAGCUGCUGGAGAGGUUCCUGCUCGACGGCUUCCGCCCCCAGCAGCUCUCCACAUUUGCGCUGACACUCUACCAGCACCGCACGCACGUGCGCGGGAGGCCGGUGCGCGUGGACUUCUGGGACACAGCCGGACAAGAGAGGUUCCAGAGCAUGCAUGCAUCCUAUUACCAUAAGGCUCAUGCUUGUAUCAUGGUGUUUGACGUUCAGCGGAAAGUCACCUACAAGAACUUGAGUAGCUGGUACAAGGAGCUGCGGGAGUUCCGCCCAGAGAUACCUUGUAUUGUAGUGGCCAACAAAAUUGAUGCGGAUAUGAAGGUGACCCAGAAAAGCUUCAACUUUGCCCGGAAGUUCAAUUUGCCCUUUUACUUUGUGUCUGCUGCAGAUGGCACCAAUGUAGUGAAGGUCUUCAAUGAUGCUAUUGAACUGGCAAUUGCUUACAAACAGAACUCAGGUGAUUUCAUGGAUGAAGUCAUGCGAGAGCUGGAGAGCUUUGACCUGAGCUCCCUUUCAGAGCAGAAGAGUGAGAACUUCUCAGAAACAGAGGAGAACUGCCCUGAAGAGAAACUCCCAUCUGCUUAAUGCUUUGGAUCCCCAUUUUAUUGUUUCCCAUUCCCUGUAUUUCUGGGGUUAGUUAAAGCUGUCUUUCAAGGAAGAAAGCGACCUUCUCAUCCACUUGGCACUCUGGUGGUGAACAACUGGGCCUUUCCCCUUCUUGCAGUGACUGUCUGAGCACAGCCUUCCUUGAGCGGGCCCUGCACUCCGUCAAGGAGAGGGCAAGAAUAGGCACAUGAUUGCUGGUUGCAGCAUGUUCCUUAGAGGCUGAGCUUGCUGGAAGAGCUUAGCCACUUCCGGAUCUGCAGGGAAGAGUCCUGCCCAAAUGCUUUAAUAGUACCUACUGAAGAAAAUAAAAAAAAAACCACUAAAGAA